AUGGUUGAACUUCAAGAAUCAUAUAUGUUGCUCAACAAUAAGAGCAUGGUGGAGGAAAAAAAGGAAGACCCUUGUGGAGAAGGUGGUGUUGUUGCAGUUCACUUCCCUGUAAUACAUAGUACAGAGAAAAAGAAAAACCCGUCGGUCUCUUCUCCUCUCCCUACUCUCUUCUCCAAUUCCUCCGUCGUCCCCAAAUCUUCCGCCGCCGGCGCGCCGCUACUUCUCCCUAAAUCGACCCAAUCUGAAUCAUCCCCCAAUUUACCAAAUCGUCUUAUCCGAUCGAUUCAAGUAGCUGCGUCUGCGACUCCUUGUCGCCGGUCGUCGAUUCGUCAGUCGAGGGCGCUGAGCUUGGAGGUUUCGGCCGGGCACACAAUUGUUCACCUUCAAGGGAGAAAUUCUUCUCCCAAUUUUUCGUCUCUCUCCCAAAACUCAGUUUCAUUAUCAAGACGGUUGUUUCGGGGUGAAGAAGAAGAUCGAAGAAUCACCAUGCGAAAGCAAGUCCUAUCCUUAACGGAAGCCGCGGCUGCUAGAAUACGCCAACUCCUUGAGCAGCGCCAGCGCUCUUUCCUCAAGCUCGGUGUCAAGGCUCGAGGCUGCAAUGGCUUAUCAUACACCCUCAACUAUGCUGAUGAGAAAGGCAAGUUUGAUGAGUUGGUCGAUGAUAAAGGAGUCAAGAUAUUGAUUGAUCCAAAGGCCCUUAUGCAUGUCAUAGGAACCAAGAUGGACUUUGUUGAUGACAAACUGAGAUCAGAGUUCAUAUUCAUCAAUCCGAAUUCUAAAGGGCAGUGUGGCUGUGGAGAAUCCUUUAUGACAAUGAGCAGCUCUGAUGCAGCCAAGCGUGGCAGCAGCUCAAGCACUUAGGUGUGCUCGUCUGGGUGAUGUAAAUCAAAUGUAAACAUGCUUAUUUAAUCGAAAAAAACCAUAUGCAAACUUGAAAUGACUCCUCUUCUAUUUUUCCUUUCUGCUAAUUGUGAUGUAAAUUGAAUGUAACUGCUAACUUUUUGUCCUUUUUUUUAAUCACUGCUAUUUUCUUUCCUCGUCCAGCAUACUUAAGCUGAUCUUGUUUGCAUUUUCA